AUGUCUCAAGAAGCUGAUUUACUGGCAAGCGAUCCUGAAACUAUUUCACCUGCCYUCCCCGACGAACGCGCGGCAAGAGGUCAAUCUCAGCGUGAUCAAAAUGAGUUWGCGGUGGUUGACCGUUUCGUAGAGAUAAUAGAUAGAAAACUAGCCAGCUUCAAACGAAGUUUCGACGAACGUGAACAGGAGCAUGCUUCUCAGAUGAAAAAGSUCAAAACCGAGUCGAAAGCAACGAAUUCUUUUAAAUUUAAGGGGAAUAAGAUACAGUACGAGUUUAACUGCUCAAUCCUAGAUGGUUUGGAAACGAUCAAAAAAGAUCUCCUCGRUGGCUGUUUGACAAAAGCAGAGUCAGAGAUUGAAAAGCUCAAAACUGCGGCGAAAAAGCGUAACAAGUUAAUCCGUUUCGCAGAUAAAAGUCCGGCUGGCUGGACUGCCGUAGAGGAGUACGAGAGCGAUGAACUGGCUGAASACUCUGAGGACRAGAAAAAGCUCCGGUCUGCUGAAAAAAGAGCACUAACGAAGCUCAAGUCAAAGAAACAGCCAAACAAAACAGCGUCCAAGCCCUUUCGUCAGCAAUCGACACAAGACUACGCCAGGCAAACAGCAAACAUCCAAGGCUACCCUCGUCAAGCCCAGCMAUUUCGYUCCUUCAUUCGUAACAGACGCCAACCAGCACCAAAYGACAAGUGUUUUGCAUGUGGACAAACAGGCCACUGGGCCGGCGAUUCSGUCUGUCCAAACAAAUACAGGACCGAUAYCCGCCGCAGCUAUGGAGCCUCAAGUACAUCSUCCAGUGGAAGCACGGCAUAA